AUGAACAGCCCAACAUGCUUCCAGGCCAUCUACAAGCAUGUUGGUCAACAGCAGAUUGAUGUAGACGUUUAUCUGCCUUCAUCUCAAAAUGCCAAAAGUCCAGUUUUGAUUAAUAUCCAUGGCGGCGCGUUCAUGCUCGGGUCAUCCAAGAUGGUCAAUAAGGACCAAGUGCAAGAUUGCCUCAACCGAGGAUGGAUUGUUCUAGCUCCCAACCAUCGCUUGUGUCCUCAGGUUAAUCUCUUAGAGGGACCUAUUCAGGAUUGUCGCGACCUCCUGGCUUGGGUGUAUGAUGGUGGACUGGAAAGAGCUAUCAAUGAGACUGCCCAGUCGUGUGUCAUCCCAGACAUCGAUUGCGUCUUUGCUUUUGGCACGUCUUCAGGCGGCACUCUAGCCCUUUGCUUGGGAUACGGAGUCCCCCGACCAGUGGCUGGUAUAUAUGAAAUGUACGGGCCAUGUAACUUCUCGGACAGCUUCUGGACAACAAAGCUACCUCAUCUCCACGUUCCUUCAGGGCUAACGGAGUCCUUCAUGAAUAAAGUAUUUGAAGAAUAUCCGGUUCCUAUUACUGGAGGCGUGUCUCUCGAAGGCCAGUCCACUGGUCCUCCCGACUUUAAUGACCCACGCCAAGCAUACGCUUUGACGCGACUUGCGAAUGGUACGCUUUUAGAUGCCAUCUUCCCGUCGAAGGAUUGGGAUAAGGUCGAUCCUGCUCGGAAUAUCAGCUCCUGUUUUCCACCAACCUUCAUCGCCCAUGGAACAGAGGAUUCGAAGGUACCCAUUGGGUUAAGUAGAGAGCUGUUCCGAAUAUUGAAUGAUCGUGGCGUUCACUGCGGCAUAAGCGAGAUUCCGGGGGAAGACCACACAUUUGCUGCUAAGAUGCAGGUUGGAUCUCAAACGUGGGAGCUCCAGCGUCUUGGGUUUGACUUUUUAGAAUCGCUGAUGUAA